CAGAAUUCCACUCUUGCCAUCUGACUUGAAAUGCCACUCACAAAAUGAAGUAAUCGGUAUAUGAACCUACCUUGGACUAAUGACAGAAUGGAUAACGGUGAAGAUUGGAAAAAACGUAUAUACAAGGGAUUGGAAAAACUUUUUGCAACACACGUACUCAAAAUUCGUUUAGCGAAUUUCAAUUCAUCACCCUCUGAAGCCAGAGGCCGCCGUAAAAACAACAUGUUCACCCAAAUGCUCAUGUUUGGAUUAGUGACUGCGGCUAUAAUUGUCAUACCAAUGGGAUUUCAGUUCCUUGCAAUACUUGGAGGCAAAGCUUUACUCCUAGCAAAAAUGGCUUUAUUACUGACUUCGAUUCAGGGAUUGAAGAAAAUAGCAACGAGCAACUACAACUAUGGCCUCUACUCAACGUACGGACCUGGAAAAGGACCAUGGCAUUACGAUAGACAGUGGCACCCAGAUGAAGAAGACAUAACUGUGCAGAAUUACGGAAUUCCUGAGGGAUAUUCGCAGCUUUUGCAUCCUAGGAGAGAAGUAUUCAACGACUUACAGACGUAAAAGUAUCUUUUUCAAGGAUGUUAUAUGACAUGUUAAUUUAUUUUUUCAAUAAAACUGUAUUUGUAUAACAAAGC